AUGCCCGGCUCUUCUCCUUCCAUUCCACGGGGCCUUCCGUCAAAUGCCCCCAAUGAUAAUUCUUGCGAACGUCAUCCAGAUACUCAGGAUGCAUUUGAGCUGUCACGUCCCCUUGACGAUUUCAGACUUACGAUUUUCCGUAUGCAGCAAGAUAUCGGGAUCUUGAAUGAGAAGCAACGCGAAAUUACUAGCCAAAACAGACAUCUCUGGGCACACAAUAGCCAGUUGAGAAGAGACGUCUCGGAUCUUCGAACGCAGCUCUCCUACACUGCCCAGGAUCUAGCUGCCCGAAUCCAGGAGCAGUCCAAUUUUGACCGAUCGGCAGGAUCAUACGAAAAAGAGACAAGGCUCCAGGGAAGCAUCGACGAACAGAAGAAAACCACCGAAAAGCUCCUUCAAGACAAAAUUGCCAACGCCAACCGAAUCCAAACACUCGAACGAAGCCAAAUCAAGGGCUCUGAGCCGCCGCAAAUCAUUGCAGAUGCGGAGCCAAAAAAGAUACAGGCACAGAAUAGGCGUGAAAUGCACCAGGCAAAGAUGGAGAGACGUAAGCAAAAGCGUGAGCAAAAGCGUGAAAUGAAGAAACGAACGCGCAGGGAAAAUAAACUAAAGAACCUCUCUGCACCUGCUUCCGUUCCUCCUCCGGCUCAUACACCUGCUCAGCCAGUACGUAUAACUCGCAACAACUCCAUCAAGGCGGAAGAAAUUGCGGAUUUGGAGAUUACCAACGACGACACUGCGGCCGAGAAUAUAGUUCCGGGUCUGCUACUCUUGGACGACAACAGUCACUCAAAGGAAGCGAUCGAGCAACUCAAACGCUACAUGGCCAAGCGCACCGGCAAGAAGAACUUGACUUCAUUUCUCAAAAAAGGAACCAAGAACAAGUGCUUUUGUAUUCACGAGGUUGCAGCUAAGGGCAGCGGCGCUUCUGAACAAUUGUUGCCGUCCGCAAAGUACUGCAAGGUCAAUGGCCCGUACUGCAAUAUUUUGGUCGAGGCUGUAGAGACGGCUUCCGGAAACAGAUUGCGCACCUUUUCCCCUUGGGGUGCAUAUACUCCCUACCACUAA